AUGUCUAGCCCUGUUCAAACAUGGGCCAAAGUAGUUGAGCAGUCUUCUACUGCUCCUACAGAUAAUAAAAACCUACUGUUCGCCCACUCGGAGUGUUCAGUUUCCCUCUCAAAAUAUCUCCCUGCUGUAAAGACUCCUGCCCCCUCAGGCAAAUACCCUGUCUUUUUUAACCUAGCUUCCACUCAAGCAUCUCAUGAAGAGAUUGCUGCUGCACUGCCUCCAGGAAUCCUUGGGGUUCACUGGAGGGCAGAUAUGAACAUCCUGGAGGUGGAU